CCUGAAAAUAUCGCGUCAAACCACACCACACACUCACACACACUUACAGAGAGAGAAAACUUCCGCUACCAACUUAUCCAUGGCCGCAUCACCUUCAACGCCAUUGAACACACAUUAAACUUCCUUCCUACAAACAGCACCACAUAAAAUGGAGUAUUACUGUCUUGGAGCUUCGAAAUGCGCGUCAAUGGCGGUUUCGCCUUCUCUUAAUCUCGAUCAUUUCAAGAAUAAGAGGAUACAAAUUCAACGAAAUUUUCAUGCGUUUUGCUUUUGGAGGUCCAAUUUACCGUUUUCUGUAGAUUGUAGUAGUCGUAAGAGUGCAACUAUUAAGUGCAGGAGUGCGAAUAGUACCGACACCAGUUGCGUCGUUGCCAGAGAAGAUUUCGCUAACGACGAAGAUUUCAUUAAAGCUGGAGGUUCUCAGCUUCUUUAUGUUCAAAUGCAACAGGAGAAAGCUAUGGAUUAUCAUUCCAAAAUUGCUGAUAAGCUUCCUCAAAUAUCAGAUGGAGGUGAAUUGCUGGAUAUGGUGGUCAUUGGUUGUGGUCCAGCCGGUUUAGCUUUGGCAGCAGAAUCAGCUAAACUAGGACUAAAAGUUGGCCUUGUUGGUCCUGAUCUUCCUUUUACGAAUAACUAUGGUGUUUGGGAAGAUGAGUUUAAAGCAUUGGGGCUUGAAGGCUGUAUCGAGCAGGUCUGGCGAGAUACCAUUGUAUAUAUUGAUGAUGACAAUCCUAUAUCUAUUGGUCGAUCUUAUGGAAAAGUUAGCCGGCAUUUACUACACCAGGAGCUAGUGCAGAGGUGUUUGGAGUCAGGUGUCUCUUAUUUGAAUGCAAAAGUGGAAAAUAUUAUGGAAGGACAUGAUGGGCGUAGUCUUGUUGCUUGUGAGCGUGAUAUCAUCAUUCCCUGCAGGCUUGUAACUGUUGCAUCUGGAGCAGCUUCAGGGAAACUUCUAGAGUAUGAAGUGGGUGGUCCAAGGGUUUGUGUUCAAACAGCUUAUGGUGUGGAAGUGGAGGUGGAAAGCAGUCCUUAUGAUCCCAACCUGAUGGUGUUCAUGGACUAUAGAGACUAUGCUAAAGAGAGCUUUCAAUCUCUAGAGGCAAAGUAUCCAACAUUCUUGUAUGCAAUGCCAAUGUCCCCCACAAGAAUCUUCUUUGAGGAGACUUGCUUGGCUUCAGUAGAUGCAAUGCCCUUUGAUCUGCUCAAGAAAAAGCUUAUGGCGAGAUUACAAACUAUGGGUGUUCGUAUCCUCAAAAUAUAUGAAGAGGAGUGGUCCUAUAUACCUGUUGGUGGAUCCUUACCAAAUACAGAGCAAAGAAACCUUGCAUUUGGUGCUGCUGCGAGCAUGGUGCAUCCAGCUACAGGAUAUUCAGUUGUGAGAUCUCUAUCAGAAGCUCCAAAGUAUGCAUCUGCAAUCGCGAAUUUAAUCAAGAAUGGCAUCUCAAAGAAUGCAAUUUUGCGUCAGAGGAAUGUGGAGAAUAUCUCAAUGCAAGCCUGGAAUACUCUUUGGCCACAGGAAAGGAAACGUCAGAGAGCGUUCUUUCUGUUUGGACUAGCACUUAUAGUUCAGCUUGACAUUGAGGGCAUCAGGACAUUCUUCCGCACCUUUUUCCAAGUGCCAAAAUGGAUGUGGGAGGGAUUCCUUGGUUCUAAUCUCUCUUCAGCUGAUCUCCUAUUGUUUGCCUUCUAUAUGUUCUUCACUGCUCCUAAUGAUUUGAGAAUGGGCCUUGUAAGGCAUCUACUAUCCGAUCCUACUGGAGCGACUAUGAUAAGAACUUACAUAACAGUAAUAUGAAUGCUCACUCCUUUGUACAUCAUGUGAAUUUGGUUACUAUUGAAUCUGGACUGUGAAGUGUAAUUUGGUGUAAAGAUAUACAAUGCAGUAAGCUUACGUAGGUAAGCGUUCGGUUCAGAAUUCAAUCAAGUUUGUCAGCGAUCUUCGUUCAAGAUAUAUAGGAAGAUUAGAAACAGUAGUUGAUCUUCUCAGGUGGGCACUUAUUUCAUUGCCACACUUUGGACAAAUAAGGUCUUUCGGAAUGCUCACUUUAUUUGAAAAUAGGACUAUUUCCUUGCAGUCUUAGAUGGAUCUUUCUACGAGACUUAUGCCGUUAUGCAGCAACACUCCCUUGUUAUUGCUAUUCAUGAUUCCCAUCCUUCUAGAGGUUAUGUAUUCAAAGCUUCUUCUGUAUUCGACGCUAAAGCUUUGGCUGUGCUUCAAUGUAAAUUUUAUUUCAUAAA